GAUGGCUAGAUUAGAGAUAAUCAACUUGUCAAUAUCAGAUUUUAAUCAUUUAGAUUUUGAAGAUUCAAAAAUUCUUAAAAUUAUGAUGCAUAUGAUAAAAACUCGCCAAUUAAGAUAUUUCAACAGUCAAAGAUUCGAGUUAAAAGUUAGCAUUGAGGAUAAUAUUCAAACUAUUUACAUUACGGAUAGAUUUGAAAGUUUUGAAUUGGUUAUGGAUAUUUAUGUCGAAGAAGAUGAUCAUGAUAAUGAAAGAGGAUUAGGGAAUAGGAAACCGGGUAAGAAAUUUCAACAAAUUUGGCAUAUGAUUUCUAUAAUGGCAGGCUUUGAUUUGCUUUUGAAUGAAAUUAUUCAAUGCUAUAAUAUAACUGCAUUCAAAUUGAAUGAUCAUUCUCUAUUGUCAAACCAACUGGCCAAAUUGGAGAUAUUGUUUCAGACUUUCAACCAGACUCUUCGAGUAGUUAAAUUUAAUUGUAGAACAAUAGAUAAAGAGGUUGUAGAGACUUUAAACAACUACAUGAAUAUUUUGAACAAUUUACAAUCAUUUUCCAUUGUUGCUUCAUCGUCUGUAGAUAAUUGUUUGGAAUUACUUAUUGAUAAACUACUGCAAACAUGCUUUUGCAGCAAUUUAAAAAAUCUGGAAAUUAAUCUCUCAUCCUACUACAAUGUGGAAGUUUCCCUAAAGAGAGUACUAGAGAGAUGUCAGAAUUUGGAGAGGAUAGACAUUUCGGGUGUAAAUGUCUCGUUCAAACAGCUUAAAGAAUUCGAAGAUGAUAGAAGAUUCUCUGACAAGAUUGAUUCUCUUCAAUUGAAAACUUGUUUCUUAAGGGAUGAACUGUUAGAGAUACUUAGGAAUUACCAUGUGCGCAGGAUCUGCCAUCAAGACAGAGAACACCUUCAUUAUCGUCAUUGA